AUGGAAAACGGGUUUAAACCAAUUCCUCAGACUGAAGAGUUCCGGGAGAACGGUAAGUGUAUUUUCUUCGCAACACGUUCCGGAUUUAGCUCUGAAACAAGUUUACGCAUACUUCAUGGAUCAUCUUCUCACUGAAUCUGUACUAAAAUAUCACCGGGACCGUUCACUCUCCACUUCCAUGAAUCUUGUUUCCUUACCGGACAGCGAAAUGCCAAAGCCGCAGUCUUCCAAGGAAUCGGUUGGAGUAGAGGCUCAAACGGCGAAUAAGAGAAUGCAAGUGGAGUGUGAAUGUCUCUGUUGUAACCGCAUGAUCGCUGCCUCUAGAUUCGCGCCUCACAUGGAGAAGUGCAUUGGCAUGGGGAGGAACAGUUCGAGGUAGUCCGAGGUUUUAAAUAUAUAUAACGUUUGCUAGCGUAACCGAUGGUUUUUUAUAAAAUAAUUAACUGCGUGUUUGAAUUUUAGAGUUGCACGAAGGAGAUUGGCAAACCUUUCAUCAGCCCCACCAAGCGCAUCUCAAUCCCCACGAGUGAAUACACGGAUAUCUACGUCAUCAACAGUGGAUGGUUGCGCUUCACCCGCAUUUGAUAUUGAGGAUGAAUUAAUGGAAGACGAUGACGACUGGUCCAAUUCUUCCACACCAGUGAAGAAGCGGAAGGUGCCGCCGUCAGUAAAGAAGGAUUCAAGACCGAAGACUAACCAGCGAAGUAGGAGAUGACAAGAUCGGGUUUAGAACACGAUUCAUUCCAGUUAUAAUAUUUAUUAAAACAACAAAUUAA